AUGGAGUCUAUAGACCCCGCGACCGGCCACGCCCUCCCCGACGACGCCCUCCAGCGCGUGCUCUUCAUCGGCCCCGCCGUCCACGUCUACAACAUCCCACCCCUCCAGUCAACCCGGGGCCAUUCCGCCUCAACCUGGACGGCCGAGCCCCAGCGGCACAUCUUCACCGCCCGCCUGCGUCUCCUCGAGACGUCCCACUCGGACACGCUCAAGGUCGACGUCCUCCUCGAGGACCCCAAGACGGGCGCCCUCUUCGCGGCCAGCCCCUACAGCGCCGCCAACGCCGUGGAGCCCGUCAUCGACAGCUCUCGCUUCUUCGCCGUGACGGUGCGCGAUCCGUCUGGCAAAAAGGCCGUGCUCGGUAUCGGCUUUGAGGAGAGGAGCGAGGCCUUUGAUUUUGGCGUGGCGCUGCAGGAGGCCCGUCGGGUCCUGGGCUGGGAGAGUGGCCAGAAGAAGCAGCAGCAGCAGCCAGAAAGAGGGGCAAAGGACUACUCUCUCAAGGAGGGGGAGACCAUCACAGUCAACCUUGGCAGGACGGGCAUUGGGAGGAGGAAGGCACAGGAGAAGCAGGAGCAGGGCGAGGAGAGCACGGGCGGGGAUCUGCAGUCUUUCGCAUUGGCGCCGCCGCCUGGUGGUGGUGGCUUCAGUCUUCCACCGCCACCGAGUGCAGAUGAUGUGAAAAGAAAGAGGCGCUCAGCGCAGCAGCUGGGCUUUGACGACGGACAGUUCGGCGAGUUUGCAUGA